UCAGCAUCUUUAACCAAUCUUUCUGCACCAGAAAACCCCCCAAAACCCUCUCCUCAAGCACCCCCCAAAUUUUGAUCAAUCAAGCAACAAUCAACGUAUAUAUUUAUAUCUAUAUCUGUAUAUAUAAUUCAGGCAUGGCGUCAACGAAGAAACCGCCAGAAACUGAGCUACCACCGCCGGCGAUCUUAGUCCCGCCGGCGUCCCCUAGGUUUCCGUCAGGAACACUGACACCCGGAGCUCACCGGAGGAUCGCGAUAGCGGUGGAUUUGAGCGAUGAGAGUGCCUACUCCGUGAAAUGGGCGGUCCAAAACUACCUCCGCCGCGGCGACGCCGUGAUCCUCCUCCACGUCCGCCCCACCUCCGUCCUCUACGGCGCGGAUUGGGGCGCCAUCGAUCAAUCCUUGGUGGACACAGACGAAGAGUCUCAGCAAAGGCUGGAGAACGAUUUCGAUGCGUUCACGGCUACAAAAGCGAACGAUUUGGCUCAGCCUUUGGUGGAGGCUCAGAUUCCAUUCAAGAUCCAUAUAGUGAAAGAUCAUGAUAUGAAGGAGAGGCUGUGUUUGGAGGUUGAGAGGUUAGGGUUGAGUGCGGUGAUUAUGGGGAGCCGAGGGUUUGGGGCUUCGAGAAGGAACACGAAGAGUAGUCGGCUUGGAAGUGUGAGUGAUUACUGUGUUCAUCAUUGUGUUUGUCCUGUAGUUGUUGUUAGGUUUCCUGAUGAUAAAGACGGCGGCGAUGGCGUGAAAGCUGCGGUGAAUGGCGGUGAGGGGCUGCACACGGUGCAGGAGGAGGAGGCGGAGUAUCAUGAUGCAUCUGAUAAGCAAACAGAUCUGGAGAAAGCUUCUUGAGAAAAUAGAAGAUGAGAAGCUGUGAAGCUGAGGUGUCUGGAGUGUGAUAUACCGAGCUGAUCUUCAAGGACUUUUCGUUUUGCAUAUGCAUAGUCAGCUGUGUUGAAAGCCAAGUAGUUUGGAAUGGUUGAUAUUGCUGUAUCAGUUUUCUCUUGUUGGUUUUAGGUCUUUAAAAUAGGUUGCACUCUGCUUUUGUGUGGCUUAAAUUAUUGUCUAGAAUUCGCUUUGCACCUACCAAACACGAUUGAGAAGGUUCUUGAUUGGCUAGGGUUUGGAGGAAUGUGGUUGAAGGGUUGAGAAAAGGAACUUGUCCUUUUAUUAAAUUUAAGCAGUGGUAUCCGAUUGUGCUUUAUGAUGAUUUGGAAACUAUUGUUGGUUGUUUGUCUUUGACAUGUUCGUUAUAUGUUCAAAUAAGGUUUACAUUUUGUA